AUGUCGACCUCUAAGCCAUUGGGACCUUUCAAGCUCGUCACGGUCAACACAGCACCUGAGCGUGCUUACAGGUUGAUUGGCCGUGUCGUCGAGAACGUCAAGGACAAGUACACGAUCAUCCACGCUGGAAACGCAGAUAACCAGGAACAAGUUCGCGAAGUCGUUACCAGAUGCCAGCCCGACGUACUGUUCACAGCAUCUAUGUGGACACCUGAGGAAGCCAAGAGCAUUCACGCCGAAGCCAAGGAAAUCAUGGGCCCGCAAUUGAAGACAUUCGCUCUGCCUCAGGGACUUCAGGUGUCAAAAGGCCCUGACGCUGUAGUAGAGUUCAUCGAGGAGAACUUGCCUGGUCUGCUCGAGGGCUAG